AAGCGCCUCGGUAAAAUUGAGGGAAAUAAAGAGGAUAUCCCUUGAGGGAUGAUGGGUGAGGACCUACCACAACAGAAGCGCGGCGGCGGCCGAAAACAGAGGGACUGGCGGGGUUCAAGCUAAGGGAAGCUUGGACGAUUCCAUCUACGGAUGGGGGGGGCUAGGGCGAUACCAUCUUGGAGUUAGGGGGUGGCAAAGAACAGACUUGGAAGGUGCUACUUGGAGGAGGCGGGGCGCACGUGGGAACCCAAAGGGACUGGGCAGUCGCCCACAUCCGCACUUCCCUUCCCCAGCCGUCCCGAUCCUGCCAUGAGCGCUGCGGUGCGGACCGAGCCGCUGCGCGGGGAGCCGCCUCUGCUGGUGCGCGGCCACCCCUACUCGGUGGUGGUCCUGCUUCAGGGCUACGCGGAGCCGGAGGGGGUGGACGACGCGGUACGCGCCGACGGCUCCGUGACGCUUGUGCUGCCUCAGGCCUGGGGCUCAGCCUCCAGCCACCAAGAGUCCCCGCCCCACAGCGGCGGGGCGAAGACCGCCCUGGAAGAGGCGGCCCGUGGUCCCAUCCUCGUGGACACUGGGGGCCCCUGGGCUCGGGAGGCGCUCCUGGGGGCCCUGGCGGGGCAGGGCGUGGCCCCUGGAGACGUGACGCUGGUGGUGGGCACCCACGGACACUCGGAUCACAUCGGGAACCUGGGGCUUUUUCCUGGGGCGGCUCUGCUGGUCUCGCACGACUUCUGCCUCCCCGGAGGCCGCUACCUCCCGCACGGGCUAGGUGAGGAGCGGCCCCUGCAGCUGGGCCCCGGGCUCGAGGUAUGGGCCACGCCGGGCCAUGGGGGCCAGCGAGACGUGAGCGUGGUGGUGGCGGGCACGGCCCUGGGCACCGUGGUGGUGGCAGGCGACGUGUUUGAACGCAGCGGAGACGAAGACUCAUGGCAAGCGCUGAGCGAAGACCCGGUGGCCCAGGAGCGGAGCCGGAAGAGGGUCCUAGGUACUGCGGACGUAGUCGUGCCUGGUCACGGAGCCCCCUUUAGGGUGGUCAGAGAAGCCCCUCAGCCACGGAACUGAUGUCCAGAAGACCAGAGGUCAGUGUGAUCGCUUCCAGCCCGCUUGCAAGAGGCCGGUUUUCCAGCGAGGACAGUCAUCUCUAUCACUGGUUCUGCAACCAAACUAGGACCAAGGACUGGCUCAGCCGAGUGCCACCUCUUGGGGGGGGCAUUCUCCCCGUAAAGUGGGAGAAUGUUCUUGGGAGGGUCGUCCAAAAUAAAAAUAGGAAACUGCGUGGAAAAUCAUAAAGCCCUAAGAAAUGAUGGCUGGAGUCUGAGCAGCCAUCUUGGAUCAGGAGGCAACCUUCAGGACAGAAGCCAGUAGCUAGGACAGUGAGCAGGAAGCUAGAAACCUUGAGUGCCCGAGGACAGCAGCCUCUGCCAUCUGCCUCCUCAUCCUUUUCUGUGAGGGGAAACAAGGAACUCUGUCUUAGGAUCUACUCUCGAUGCGUUACAUGUGACUGUCAUGACAACCCCCGGGAUGAGUGUUAUUACUCUUCUCAUUUUACCGACGUGUGAGCUGGGGCAGAGAGUAAUAGUACCACUGCACCAGAGUUUCCGCAGCCAGGACCUGACUGCAGCCGUCCGGACUCUGUGCUCUUCACUCUGUGCCUUAGUAUCUCCCGCAGCUAAUCUCCUCUCACUGAAAGUUUUCUUCAGAAGAAUUUCAGAUCAAUACUGGAGGCUGGUGGGGUGUAAAUGAUGAACGCCUCUAGCCCUGUCCUCUUGAGCUAUAGAUGCAGACACCCACACUGCUGAGGGACAUCUCUAUGCAGAGACCACACAGGCACAUCUCCAACAUAUCCCAGACUAAGGAACCAUCAUCCUCCCCCAAACAUGAUCUUGACCCCCUGUGUUCUCUAAUUUGCUUGGUGGUUUCCCCAUGGACUCAUUCACCCUAGUUCUUCCUAAUCCCUUGCCUCUAAGCCAGUCCAAUCCCCAAGUCUUACUGGUUUUCCUUCUUAAACUGUUCCAGGAUCUGGCUCUCUCCCUCCACCCACUGCCAUUGCCUUAGACUGGCCCUGUCUGGCCCACCUCUGGCCCCACCUCUACCCCCACCAGCACAGACUGAUGGAUCUGUAAGGCAGACCUGAGGUUGCCACUUCCCUGCUUCACGUUGCCUCUGGGAUCAGAGGCUCUUGGGAGUCAUUUCCAAGGUUCUCUUCUCCCAUCACCAGCCUCUUCCACAGCACUGAGCUACCUACAGUUUCCUCACUGACUUCCUGCCCCUAUAUGGAUAGUGACCUCUUCACUACCCUCACUGUUUGCAUGGCUAGUUCUCAUAUUUUACAGUGUCACUUCCUAUGGGAAGUCCUCUCUGAUUCUCCUCCUUUCUCCAGACCUACACGGCUCUUUGCAAAUGAGGCAAAGAUGUCCCCUCCCUCCAGCUCUGAGCUCCUUGAAAGCAGGACCUAUGCUUUUUUUUCAUUUGUUAUCUCCAGUCACCCUGCUCCAGGGUCUGGAGCACUGGUUCUCAAACUUGAUUACGCACACAUAAGCACUUGACUUUUAAAAUGGAGAUACCAGGGCACCUGGGUGGCUCAGUGGGUUAAGGCCUCUGU